GUUCUCUCACACAUGCUUUGCCAAACAAGCGAUCUGAGACCCCUUCGUCACGGAUGGUCUCCUGCUACAGAAUAGUCGAUCCAAUGUCUAACUACUUGGCCAUGUCCUUUGACUGGGAGUGACUGGCUUUAGACGUCCCCGGUACCUACGUACGCAUCAGAAGGAUUAACAUUGAGAUAUUUACUGUUUGUCGCGUGAACAUUAAAAUAUUCAAGACUUGAAUUUAUGGAUCCAUCGGGUUUAUUGACAAAACCCGGUCCAUUCAGUCUGCCGAUUUCGAUGCCCUCCGAGAUGAGUCUACAAGGCUUCUCGACAGCAUCGUCCAAUACCCCCGCCUAUGCGGCCGACCCCGAUGACAGCAGCUACGUCCCCCGCCCGAAACGCAUCGCAUGCGUCGUCUGCCGGCGAAGGAAGCUGAGAUGCGAUGGAAAAAAGCCAAGCUGUGGCACCUGUUCCCGAUUAGGUCAUGAUUGCUCGUACGAUGAAGUCCGCAAGAAGAGUGGCCCCAAGCGGGGGUAUGUGAAGCAACUGGAGGCCCGUUUAGCUCAGGUGGAAACUCUUUUGAAAAAUCAAGACCCGGAGGCAGGUCGACCGCCACCACCACCGGCUCAGCCUCAGAAUAAUAAGAGUGCCUUUGACCUUCCGAUGUCGAAUGAUGCCCCCUCAAAUUUUGCAAAUAUACCACCGAUUCCAGAGGCUGCAGCGGAGGAUACAAUGGCCCAGCUUGCUGAGAUCCUCGGAGAGCCUCAACCGUUUGAGCCGUUUCUGCCAGGCGCGGGCUUUGGGGGAGAACCUCACAGUUGGGAAAUGAUCAGCUUGGGUCUGGAGGAGCCUUUACCGGCCCAGGACGUUAUAGAUGAGUUGCAGGACAUUUUCUUCGAAAAGGUCUAUCCUUCCAUGCCUAUUAUACAUCGGCCGCGAUAUCUGGCGUCGAUGAAUCUUUCUCCAGAGAUGCGCCCCCCUGUCUGUUUACGUUAUAUUAUGUGGAGUCAUGCGGCUUCCAUGUCCGAUAAAUACUCCUUCCUCCAUCAGCAAUUCUACGAGCGGGCUCGAAAGUACGCCGAAAGGGACGAAAUGAAGGGUCUCGGAGAGCAGACGGUCAGCGUAGGCCAUUGCCAAGCGUGGAUCCUGAUCGCAACCUACGAAUUUAGGAUGAUGUUUUUCCCCCGAGCAUGGCUCAACUCCGGGAAAGCGUCCCGGCUCGCCUUGAUGUUGGGCUUGAAUCGCCUAGACGGCGCCGGUCUCGAUGUCAAACAGACCACUGGCCCCCCGCGAGACUGGCUUGAGAGAGAGGAACGGCGGAGAAUAUUCUGGAUGGCCUUCUGCGUCGAUCGGUAUGCCAGCAUUGGCACUGGCUGGCCCAUGAUGAUCGAUGAGCGAGACAUCAUGACCAAUCUUCCUGCACCUGAAGACGCAUUCUUAAAGGGUAGAGCCGAGCAAACCUCCCGCCUUCCGGCCCUGCUGAAAGGUGACGGCAUUGCAACGUUGUCUCCCUUUGCGAAUGUCGUACUCAUGUCCAGCAUGUUCGGUCGGAAUCUCACCCACCUCCACCGUCCGGACCCCCAGGACAACGAUCAUGACCUGAAUGGGGAAUUUUGGAAACGACAUCGAACCUACGACAAUCUGAUUCUUGGUGUUGCGUUGUCUUUGCCGAGUCAUCUUCGUUUGCCUGCCGGCAUAUCAGACCCUAACGUCAUCUUCUGCAAUAUGUGCAUUCACACUGCGGCGAUAUGUCUUCAUCAAGCCGCAAUCUUCAAGGCCGAGAAGAACAAGAUGCCGAACCAAAUCAUCAUGGAGAGCAAGAGGAGAUGUAUUGUCGCUGCGGACCAGGUCUCCAGCAUCAUGAAGAUGAUCUGCCAUACGGAUUUGACUACGGUACGUGCUCAACCCCUUUUUUGAUAGAUAGAAAAAUUCAAACCUGACUGUCUGAAGAUGAACCCAUUCAUGUCGUUUUGCAUAUAUGUCGCUGCCCG